GGAAGGAAGAAGUUAAUUGAUUUCUUAGCUUCCUCUUCUCCUUCCUUGUGGCACCCAGUUUCUCGUUUUGCCUGUAAGUCAGCGAUGAGGGUUUGAAUCACCCAAGACGGAAAAAGGAAAACCAAGUUGACGUUAGCAGCGUUUAGCAUAGCUUAGCUACAAUACCCUACAGCAGUAUGAACUUUGUACUAUAUUUAAGUUGCUAUAUAACAGCAUUCUAGAUCGUUGGGCACACGAGUAUCAAAUGGUUUAUGAGAAUGCAGAGACAUGGGUGACAUGAAAACCCCAGAUUUUGAUGACCUUCUGGCAGCCUUUGACAUCCCAGAUGCCACUGGACUGGAUUCUAAAGAGGCCAUCCAGGAAAGCCACGAGGAGAUAGAUAAUCAACUAAAACACUCAGUAAUCUGUCUGGAUGACAGCUUACUCAGUAACCCAGAUGCCACUACAGCAGAUAUUCCUCUUGUUAGUGUUAUAGUGAAAAAUACAAGUCGACAAGAAUCACUUGAAGGUUUCAGUGACCGGCUUCAUUCAGUUACAGCGUUGCAGAAUGGAUUCAAGGGACAGGAGGCCUGCGUUAAGCCUGUGGAACCAUCCAACACAAGUUUUUCUAAUUCAUUUCAAGCUGAUUUGAAUGGGGAAGGUUCAAGAGAACUUCCUGGAGAAAUUCCCCUUCAGCAGAAACCUGAUGAAACAGCAGUAUUUUCUCCAUCACUUUCCCAUUUUAGUCCUCCCUAUAGUCCUCAGACAGAGGCAUUGUAUAGCAACAACCAAAAGGUUUCAAAACAAGAGGGGCCUUGUUGUCUAGAAGCUCGGAUUUUGGCAGAACCUUUAGUUCCAGGCAGGGAACAAAAAUCAGAUAUUUUUUUGUUCGAUGCGUCUCCCAAGAACACUAAAGAGAGCACACCAGAAAAUGGCAGAAGCAACGAUCAUCUCUCUGAUAGCUAUAUCAGAGGUGAAACAGAGAACACCACUAGAGCAUGUUGCCCAUUUACUUCUUUAAGCAGUGAGCAGAACUUUAAAGAGGCGGAAUCCCAAAACACAGAGGAUGUUACCAACUCUUAUUCAUCUGCCAAAUUUCAAACAUCUAAAUUGCCUUUGUCUAAUGAGGCUCCAAUUGCUCCAAAUACUAAAAAGGAUCCCACUGAGACAACUGAUCCCACAGAAUCGUCAGCAUCGAACAGUGAUUGCGUUAAAGCUAAUAACAUGGCAGCCAUAUCCCCAAGAAGCCCCAGGAGUCCGAAUGAUGUAGUGAAACGGUUAAUGAAACCCUCUGAUAGCCCUGUAAGCCUCUGCAGUGACAGCAGUGGCAAGACAUCCCCUGCAGUGGCAUCUGUUUCAUCCCCAGCCAUACCCAGGGUCAGAAUUAAGACUAUUAAAACCACUUCUGGUCAGAUCAAACGCACAGUGACCAGUGUGCUGCCAGACUCCGAAACAGACGAGAUUCAUUCUGCUUAUGAGUCCUCGCCGUCGCAGAGUAUGAUCAGUGAAGACUCCUACUGCAACGUGUCCCCUCGUCAAUCUCAAGCUGUUGAUUGCAGUCCUGGGAGUAACCCAGCAGCAUGCACAUCUUCACCCAAAAUGCCCAGAAGGUCGGAGGAAAAAUCGAGAGGUUUUAGGACAGGCUUCCACAGGAGUAGCCGCGCUGUCCAGCGAUCCGUUGCACACGAUGCGCAGAAACCAAAGAGAGCUUCAUCUACGACAGGUCUCACAUCAAACACAAACUUCCUUCCAAAAGCAAUGCACUUGGCAAGUCUAAAUUUGGUCCCUCACAGCGUUGCUGCUUCAGUUGCUGCCCGGCCCUCGUCCCAUCAACAAAGUCAAAACAUUCUUCCCUCCUCGGUUUGCAGCACUGUCCCUCUGGUGCAUCAAGUCAAAACAGCCACGCCUUUCCCCCGUUCAUCUGCCCCGAACACAGCUGCAGGAACCCUAAACAGGCUUUUGACAAGUGCCAACCCAGUGCCUGUAUACGUGCCUAACCUGAGCCCCCCACCAGAGUGCAACAUCAAGCUUCCGCCUCGCGGCUAUUGCUGCCUCGAGUGCGGGGACUCGUUUGGCGUCGAGAGGAGUCUGGCGUUUCAUUACAACAGGAGGAGUGUCCAGAUCGAAGUAGGAUGUACACACUGCGCAAAGACCCUGGUUUUCUUUAACAGGUGCGCCCUGUUGGCACAUGCACGGGAGCACAAAAGCAACGGCAGCGUGAUGCAGUGCACGCAGCUCCAUCUGAAACCUAUAUCAGAGGAGCAGAUGUUUGUACCCCUGAGCUCUGAGUCGGCGAACACGGGCCCGUACCCCUCGACGUUCGUCUCACCAGUCAGUGAACCCGUCAUGCCCUUAUACCCAGACGGUGUGAUUCGCAACAGGUUCCGUUGUCUGGAGUGCAACAAGCAGUUGCCAGACUACAAAGCGCUUGCAGGUCAUUACCAGAAGAUGUCAGAAGACGUGGAAGGGCUGAUUUGUAAAGUUUGCUCAAUGUUGUUGCCAAACAAGUGCAGCUUCAGAACUCACCAGCGCCUCCAUGCCCACAAAUCCCCUUACUGCUGUCCUGAGUGCGGCGCCCCGAGUCGAUCUGCUGACAUCCAGAAGCAUGUCAAGGAGAACUGUCUGCAUUAUGCUCGCAAGGCUUGGUACAAAUGUCUUCACUGUGACAUGGUUUUCAGAACCCUCCUUGGACAAAAGACUCACGUUGAGGAGAAACACUGCGAGGUCUUGUACAAGUGUUCAGUCUGUCCAGUUGCCUUCAAGACCUCUGACGGCUGUGAAGUGCAUUUAAAAAAUAAACACAAAUCUAGCAGGCAAACUCCUCAGUUGGUGUUUAAGUGCUCCUGCAAGGCACUUUUCAAUAAAAAACACAACUUUUUUCAACAUUUUCACGAAAACGCCAACAGGCGAGUCACUUGUGUGUUCAAGUGUCCAGAAUGCAACUCUGUUUUCCCACAAAAGCGGCUGUUGAUGCAGCACUUCAAGAACGUGCAUGUGGGAAAUAUGACGGCAGACACAGAAAAGGACAGUAAAGAAAAAGAAGGGCUGGAUUGGUUCCCAGAGUCUUAUCCUGUCCAGCGGGAGAAGAGUCACAUCACUCGUAAAAACACCGACAGUCCAAGGAAGAAGUCGGAGCAGGACGCCAAAUCUCGCGUUAAGCCUCGGGGGUGGACAUGCGGCGAGUGUCUGCAGUGCUUUGCUGAAAGAGAGUCGUACGUUUCUCACAUGAAGAUCAACCAUGGAAAGUCAAUGAAGAAAUAUCCUUGUCGCCACUGUGAGCUGUCGUUCAACGCAGCCACCAGUCUGAGGCGACACAUUCGCAGUGAACAUGAUGGUAAAAGAAGAAUUUAUUCUUGUUGGUACUGCACGGAUCCAAAGACAACCUUCACAACAAGCGUGAUGUUGAAGAACCACAUAAGUCUUAUGCAUGGAAUUAAAAACCCGGAUCUCAGGCAGAUGCCCAAAUCAUCCAUCAAGGAGUUCAAAAGCCCUUCAGGCAAGGGGAUAAUAUUGGCGUCGCCAGUCAGGCGCAGGCAGGCUGACACCCCGGAUCGCAGUGAUCUCGAUGCUCCUUCAGCUAAACGUCUUAAAGCUCAGUUCCGCUGUUCAAAGUGCGGUUUCACCACGGACGACAGCACCGAGUUCCAGCAGCAUAUACCUCAGCAUAAAACAGAUGAAAACACUCCUCAGUGCCUUCACUGUGGUCUGUGUUUCACAUCUGUGGUUUCUCUUAAUAGACAUCUUUUUAUUGUGCACAAAGUCAAAGAUCCCAAGGAAGAUGAAGAAGAAGACAAAGAAGAAGAAGAAGAAGAGGAGGAGGAGGAGAUGAGAGAUGUCGGUCGGUCGGUUGGAUCGGCCGUGACUGCUCAUGUGAAUGACUAUAAACCCUCGCUGGAUGAGGAGCCAGAAAACCCUCCCUACACCAACACUUCAGACUUUCAUUUAAAACUAAAACCUCUUUCCCAGACAGAUUCAGCUUCUUCCCAGUAGUGAAGGUUACAUCUGUCCCAGAAAAAGCUGCA